AUGUGGGUUGUGCGUGCGCCAACGUCAUUUGAGACACUACGGACUGUUAAUGGUGUAAUAUUCCCAACAUAUCGUGCUGCAUGUGAAGAACUGAACUUAUUAGAAAACGAUACCCAUUGGGAUACGACAAUCGCUGAAGCCAUUAUCUCUGCAUCUCCAAGUCAGAUACGCACAUUAUUCGCUAUCAUAAUUUCGACAUGCUUUCCAUCAAACCCAUGUAACCUGUGGCACAAAUAUAAGGAUAAUAUGUCACAAGAUAUUUUACAUCAAAUUCGUAUCACUUCCAGAAAUCACGAUGUUGAGAUGAAUGAGGAGAUACAUAAUCGUGCUUUACUCUUGAUCGAAGAUAUGUGUUACCUCAUGUGCGGUACUUUAUUAAUCAGGUUAGGAAUGCCAGCGCCCAAUCGUGAAAUGAAUGACGCAUUUAAUCGAGAAUUGGAACGGGAACGUGAAUAUGAUCACCAGGAAUUAGAUUUAGUAGUUCAAACGAAUGUACCCCUGUUGAAUUCCCAACAAAAGGAAGUUUAUGAUACUUUAAUGAAGGCAAUCGAUGAUGGAAAUGGUGGUUUAUAUUUCCUAGAUGCCCCUGGUGGACCAGGUAAGAUAUUCCUCAUGUCAGUAGUUAAGGCCACUGUUCGGGCGAGAUCCAACAUAGCGGUUGCAGUUGCUUCUUCUGGAAUAGCAGCCACAUUGUUAGAAGGAUGCCGUACGGCUCAUUCAGCAUUAAAAUUACCGUUAAAUCUUCAAACUAUUGAAGAACCAACGUGUAAUAUUACGAAAAAUUCAGCAAUGGCCAAAGUUUUAUCGGCAUCGAAAAUCAUCAUCUGGGACGAAUGCACAAUGGCGCAUAAACGUGCAUUAGAAGCACUUAACCGAACAUUGAAAGAUUUACGGAAUGACUCGAGAUGUUUUGGAGGAGCAAUGAUUUUACUGUCUGGCGAUUUCCGCCAAACACUGCCAGUAAUUCCAAGAUCUACGGCUGCCGACGAAAUAAACGCUUGCCUCAAAUCGUCGAAUCUAUGGCGCUAUGUGAAAAAACUGCAGCUGACAACAAACAUGAGAGUUGCAUUGCUUAAUGAUACAUCUGCUGAAGAUUUCUCUGAGCAAUUGCUGACUAUCGGUAAUGGUCAAGUACCUGUCGAUGAAUCGAGCGGAUUGAUAUCGUUUCCAAAUAAUUUCUGUAAUUUUGUCUCAUCAAAAGACGAACUUAUCAACAAUGUAUUUAAAGAUAUUAUUUCUAACUACAAAAAUAAUGAAUGGUUGAGUGAGCGAGCAAUUUUAGCGGCUAAGAAUAAAAAUGUAGACGACCUGAACUAUAUAAUUCAUAAUAAGAUCAUUGAAACAAUGCAUUCAUUCAAAUCUAUUGACUGCGUCACAAAUGAAGAUAAAGCCACCAACUAUCCAAUUGAAUUUUUAAACUCCUUGGAUGUGCCUGGCUUACCACCGCAAAAUUUACGCCUAAAGGUUGGCUCCGUAGUAAUCAUGCUUCGAAACAUAAACCAACCAAAACUGUGA